UCUAUAUCCAAGUCAAGCAGCGGCCGGAUCCUACAACCGUAUCACGCACUCACUCUCUCGGGUCUCCCCAGAGUGAUAUAGCCAGAUUUCGCAGAGGAGAGAGAGUAAGAGAGAUGGCAGAAGCAAAGACUGUCCAUUCGCCGUUGGUGACUUACGUUUCCAUGCUUUCACUUCUCUCUAUGUGCCCUCCAUUCGUCAUUUUACUAUGGUAUACAAUGGUGCAUGCUGAUGGAUCUGUUUGCCAAACUUGGGAUUACUUGAAGGAACAUGGGUUGCAGGGAUUAAUAAGCAUAUGGCCAAGACCUACGGCUACUGCUUGGAAAAUUAUUGCUUGUUAUGCGGCAUUUGAGGCUGUGCUUUUACUUUUUCUUCCUGGGAAAAGGAUUGAGGGUCCAAUAUCUCCUUCUGGGAACAGACCCAUUUACAAGGCAAAUGGCGUGGCAGCAUAUGUAAUAACUCUAGUUACAUAUCUUAGCCUUUGGUGGUUUGGAGUAGUCAACCCCUCAAUUGUUUAUGAUCAUCUGGGAGAAAUAUUUUCGGCCCUAAUUUUUGGGAGCUUCAUCUUUUGUAUUUUGUUGUACAUUAAAGGUCAUCUGGCACCAUCUUCCACUGAUUCUGGUUCAUGUGGGAACAUAAUUAUUGAUUUCUACUGGGGGAUGGAGCUUUAUCCUCGAAUUGGUAAAAAUUUUGAUAUCAAAGUUUUUACCAACUGCAGAUUUGGAAUGAUGUCAUGGGCAGUUCUUGCAGUGACAUACAGCAUAAAGCAGUAUGAAGAAAAUGGAAAAGUAGCCGAUUCAAUGCUUGUAAAUACUAUAUUGAUGCUGGUGUAUGUCACAAAGUUUUUUUGGUGGGAAGCUGGAUACUGGAGUACAAUGGACAUUGCACAUGAUCGAGCUGGCUUCUAUAUUUGCUGGGGAUGCUUAGUUUGGGUUCCAUCUAUUUAUACCUCUCCUGGCAUGUACCUAGUCAACCAUCCAGUGAACCUUGGAACUCAGCUUGCAAUUUAUAUUUUAUUGGCUGGCAUUCUUUGCAUAUUCAUCAACUAUGACUGCGAUAGGCAGAGGCAAGAAUUUCGACGAACGAAUGGGAAAUGUCUGGUUUGGGGGAAAGCCCCAUCAAAGAUAGUAGCCUCGUACACUACGACAUCUGGCGAAAAGAAAACGAGCCUUCUAUUAACCUCAGGAUGGUGGGGUUUAUCUCGUCAUUUUCAUUAUGUACCUGAAAUAUCGGCUGCUUUUUUCUGGACUGUCCCGGCACUUUUUAAUCAUUUCAUACCGUACUUCUAUGUGAUAUUUCUUACCAUACUCCUUUUUGACCGUGCCAAAAGGGACGAUGACCGAUGUCGAUCCAAGUAUGGGAAAUUUUGGAAACUAUAUUGCGAGAAGGUUCCCUAUCGCAUCAUCCCUGGACUCUACUGAAAGACCUUUUCUUGAUGAAGCUGUUACUAACCCUUGAAUUCGCUAUCAUUUCAUAUCCUUUAUGGAUGACAUGAGGAUGCUUUGUAAAAUUAGUUGCCUUCAAGCUAUUUAUUGCUAACUCUUGCGAGGCACCUCUAUAAGGUCUUGUAACUUAAAACAAUAUCGUCAGCUUUUCUGUAUUAUCCAUGAUACUGGGUCUUGAAUUUUUGUGAGCUAGAGAGGAUAACUUGGUGUUUCAAAGUUUUGCUUCAAAUGGGUGUAAAUAGGCAAAUAAUUGGAUGUCUGGGAA